GUCUCGCAUCGCAUCGCACCGCACCGCACGCAACACCCCCCCCCCCCCCCCCCCCCCCCUCUCCUACUUCCUUGACCUUCCUCGCCGCCUUUGCGCUCCCAUCCCCUCUCCGCUUCCGCCAUGGCCCAGCCCGCCUUCCUCUCUUCCCUCCGCUCCCAUCGCCUCCAGCCCAGCCGCGGUUACCACGUCGAGCUCGGCGCUCGCGAGAAAGCGCUCUUGGAGGAGGAUGUUGCUUUGAAGAGGUUCAAAUCAUACAAGAACAGUGUGAAACAGGUCACCAAGAUUGGGAAUGUUCUCACUCUUGCUGUUGUACUUGCCUGCAGCUAUGAGAUCGCUGUGUUGGCAACAAGCACAAAAUGAGGGACAUCACAGUCGUUUGGCGGCACAGAUAUCUGAGGAAGUGAUUCAUCGCCAUACAUCCUGUGUUUGAGGCUUUUCUGUUGAUCCUUGCUACCAUGUAAAAUAAAAUAAACUAGGUUGGCAUUUUUAUGAGUAGCACUCCUGUUUGAUGGCCUAGCGUACUUGUAAACAAAGUGGGCACUGCAUUGAUAAUCGUGCUGAAUGAGCAUUGUCUGAUUUAAACUCGCUGGAUGGCAUUCUGCUGCGCAUAUGUGUUAUUAUUGAACCAAACUUUCAAAA